CCCUUUUGUUAUUGUCCAUGAUCCAGACAGUCGACAUUUCAGUUUUCAGCAAAUUCUCUCCGGUUCCCCUCUCAAGAAUAGUAAACAAACGUCGAAUGGCUUGACUUACUACCAUUUUCCAACCUCAUGCCAUACUGCAGAAGGGCAAAACUUAUGUUUAAUACUCUGCGCAGUAGUUUCAUUUCACGGCCUAUUUUCAGUUCUCCGAUCCGAGAUUCGUCUUCAAUAAUCAGCCGGAACCUUGGCUCUUCGGUUUCAUCUUCUACCAGAGCUAAGUUUUCUGGCUUAUCUUCAUAUUCUUCUAUAUCACGAAGACUAGGAAUUUCUUCUAAUAACUAUACCUAUGAUCCCUUUCUUAAUGGUGCCAAGAGAUUUUACUAUGUCGACUGGUACGGUGUUCAACAUUUUAGGCGACGGGGUCAGCGAAGGUGGAUCCACUGGAAUCCAAGGAAAGCGAUGAUUAUUGUCUUGGUUGGUUCAGGGGUUUUGGUCACAGUGUAUUUUGGGAAUUUAGAAACUGUUCCUUAUACAAAACGAAAACAUUUAGUGCUCUUGUCUGAAGAAACGGAGAAACAAAUGGGGGAAUCUCAGUUUGAGGAACUGAAAGCAGCUUUUAAGGGUAAGAUAUUGCCUGCAAUACACCCGGAAAGCGUGAGAGUGACGCUGAUAGCUAAGCAUAUUAUUGAAUCGUUGCAAAGAGGGUUGAGCCAUGAUCAAAUAUGGAGUGAUUUGGAGUAUGCAUCGCCGGAGAGUUCACUUGAACAUGAGAGUGUACAUGAUACAAUGGCGGCAUUGAGUGAGAAGGAAGGCAACUUGGGGAUUAACUGGUCUCGUGAAGAUGAGAUUCUCGACGAUAAGUGGGUUCAGCGAAGUAGGAAGUCAAGCCAAGUGAAAGGAUCACAACCGACAACAUCUCAUUUGGAAGGAUUGAAUUGGGAAGUUUUGGUUGUCAACGAGCCUGUUGUUAAUGCUAUUUGUUUGCCUGGUGGGAAGAUUGUCGUGUUCAGGGGGUUGCUUGAGCAUUUGAGAACUGAUGCCGAGAUAGCAGCCAUAAUUGGACAUGAGGUUGGACAUACCGUGGCUCGACAUAUAGCCGAAACAAUAACAAAGGAUUUGUGGCUUGACAUCCUACAAUUGAUACUUUAUCAGUUCAUUAUGCCCGAUUUAGCCGACAAAAUGUCUGCACUCCUCUUGAGGCUCCCCUUCUCUCGGAGGAUGGAACUUGAAGCAGAUUACAUUGGGCUAUUGUUGCUAGCAUGUGCUGGCUAUGAUCCUCGAGUUGCUCCCAAAGUGUUUGAGAAGUUAGGAAAGGUUGCAGGGGAUUCACCGAUGCAAGAUUAUCUCUCCACACAUCCAUCUGGGAGGAAAAGAGCUCAGUUGCUGGCUCAAACUCAAGUAAUGGAAGAAGCACUCGUGAUCUAUCAGGAAGUUAGUGCAGGACGUGGGGUUGAAGGUUUUCUUUAGGAUCACACAUUGCUACCAUGAUGCUACUUCCCUCGUGCAUUUGGAAGCCAGACCAGCCUCUGAAGUUUAAGAGCUCCAUUCUUCUCACUUGUAUUUAUCUUUGUCAGAAAUAUUUAUUUUUAGUAUCCUUGUCUAUUUCCCUUUUUCCCCGCUGUAAAUGAAAUUGGAAACAUGGGUGUUUUUCUAUAACGUUGUAAGCCUGUUAGACGAAUCAUGUUUUUUCCUGUUUAA